GCUGCUUAAAAUGCUGUGAAUGUGACAGCCAGUAGUCCAGACUGCCAGCGUGUGGAGGUAAUGGGUAAAAGCGCCCGGCCACUCGUGAGGAAAAUGCAAAAGAAAACAACACAGACGGGAAAGUAAGUCUGACACAAGAAGGCUUACAGGCAAACGGACAGCGAGCUGGCCGUUCUACAAGUGCUCGGACUUCUCGGUUCUUCAGGACUGCAUAGGUCAAAACGCACCUACAUAGCGAGGCACUGGGGCACAAUACGAACAGGGACCGCGGUGCGAACAGCGUUGCCCUUUAGGGGGGAAAGAUGACAGUGGUGCCCGGGGAGAACCUAGAUGAGACUGUGGCACUGGCAGCCCUGUCCCAAGAUGUCUACGAUCCCGAGAGAGCGGACCAGGAGUGCUGCGAGAGGGUGGUCAUCAACAUAUCCGGUUUGCGCUUUGAAACCCAGUUAAAAACCCUCGCGCAGUUCCCCAACACCUUGCUUGGGGAUCCCAGAAAGAGAAUGCGCUUCUUUGAUCCACUGAGGAACGAAUACUUCUUUGACAGGAACCGACCAAGCUUUGAUGCCAUCCUCUAUUACUAUCAGUCUGGUGGCCGGCUACGGAGACCUGUUAAUGUACCAGUGGACGUUUUUAUGGAGGAAAUAAAAUUUUAUGAAUUGGGAGAAGAUGUUAUUGAAAAUUUCAAGGAGGACGAGGGGUUUAUCAAAGAGGAAGAACGCCCGUUGCCAGAAAAUGAGUUCCAGCGCCAAGUCUGGCUUUUGUUUGAAUACCCCGAAAGCUCUGGCCCCGCCAGGGGAAUAGCUAUAGUUUCCGUGCUAGUUAUUUUGAUAUCCAUCGUCAUCUUUUGCUUGGAGACUUUACCAGAGUUUAGGGAGGAUGCGAGAAUGUAUGAGGAACACUAUUUAGUGAAUGGGACCAUGAGCGCAAAGAAACCAAAUCCCUUUACAGACCCGUUCUUUAUUGUGGAAACGCUCUGUAUUAUCUGGUUCUCCUUUGAAUUGCUGGUGAGAUUUCUUGCGUGUCCAAGCAAGCCCGCCUUCUUCAAAAAUAUAAUGAAUACAAUCGACAUUGUGGCAAUUAUGCCGUACUUUAUUACCUUAGGUUUGGAGCUUGCUGAGCACCAGAGUAAUGGCCAGCAGGCAAUGUCUUUGGCCAUCUUAAGAGUCAUUCGUCUGGUGCGGGUUUUCCGAAUUUUUAAGCUAUCGAGACACUCCAAAGGACUUCAAAUCUUAGGGAAGACUCUACAGGCGAGCAUGCGAGAACUUGGUCUCCUCAUAUUCUUUCUUUUUAUUGGAGUCAUAUUGUUUUCCAGUGCCGUGUAUUUCGCGGAGACAGACGAUCCUGAUUCGGGCUUCAGUAGUAUCCCCGAAGCGUUCUGGUGGGCAGUGGUGUCCAUGACUACAGUAGGUUAUGGAGACAUGUGUCCAGUCACCAUCGGUGGCAAAAUUGUUGGUUCUUUAUGUGCCAUCGCUGGCGUCCUAACAAUUGCGCUGCCAGUGCCCGUAAUCGUGUCUAAUUUCAACUACUUCUACCACAGAGAGACGGAGCACGAAGAACAGCUUCAGUACACUCAUGUAACAUGUGGCCAGCAACAGCCCUCGUUUGGUGAAUUGAAAAAGAGUGACAGUAAACCGUCCCUCUCCAAAUCAGACUACUUAGACUCUGAAGACGCAGAUUCGAUUAAAUACACUAAUUGCAGCCCCCACAAAGCGUACACAGGAAAGCUUACUGAUGUAUGAUUGUAAAAAUACGCUCUAAUGACAGAGAAACGCGCGUUUCUGUGAGUACCCUUCUCAUUCUGCGCUCUGGCUUGAGUAGAUUUGGCGAGCUCUAAUUUCCAGCAUCCGUGUGGCAAAUUACCGUGUGGUAAUUUAUUUAAAAAUAAUAGCAGUGGAAUAAUAAGAUGUGAAGUGGAUCGUUCGGGUUUCUUAUUUUUUCAAGCUGUCUUCCAUGUUUGCGAUUAAUAACAAAACGCAGAAGUAAAAAAGAAACUGCACCCAGCCUCAAAAUAUAACCAUAGAAACAAUACUGAACAACCAAGCCCAACCUCGCUAAAUAGCACUUUACUCGUAUACUCUUAGUAAUGUAUAAUUUUUUUGAGAUAUUAGCCUCUUUAUUUGUGGGGUUAGAAGUUUACAUAUGGUUUGUCUUUUUCUUUUUUUUUUUUGGAGCGAAGAGAAAUAAUAGGACCAAUUUGUCUAAAAUGUUUAUUCUGAUACGGGCAUUGCAAUUACAAGGUCACUCGGAGAACCGACCUACCCCUUUUAGUUAUGUGGUCAUUGAUUUUACUUCGCUGUGGUCAGGUAUGGUCAGGUAUGAUAAAGUGACAUGUAGCCGCGCCAUUGUUUAAGGUAUAUGCGUCGUGACUGGUGCGAAUGUUUGGAGAAAUGCAUAUACCCCGCAAAACAGUGAUAAUUUGAAUUGGUAGGUAAACAGCAAAACGCGUGAUCUCUGCUAAUGAAAACAAUAAAAAAAAUUAGACAAUUAUUAUUAACCACUUUCAUUCUAAAUGUCAUAAGAACACAGUUUGUUCCACCCAGAGUCCUUGAGGUACAAUUAUAGUUUACAGAUGGCCUAUCUUAAUUCUUAAUUAUUGCUUCAGCAAAUAUUCCCUGUGAAUCUUAUUUUAAUUAAGGCAAAAGACCAACAUUAAAAAAUCCAACUGGUUUUCAGAAUUUAAACGUCUUCUUUAACUUACAGAAAAGGUCUAGCAGGGACUGAUGCAUCGAGUUUUUGAGACGAUGACAAAACUUGGAAGAACGUGCGCAUUAAUCUAGUCUUAGGUGCUGAAUUACAACGUUUCUGAACCUAGAGCGCCAUCUAAUGGGAAAGGUGUGUGGGUCUUUUUGCAGACAAAGUGUUUCUAUAGCAACCUUCCAGACUGUUCUGAAUUUUUUCUCAUAAGGCAAUGUUCUUUUAAAUUAUUUUCAGAUAUAAAUAGUGGGUGGUUGUGGCUUUUAAUUGUGCUACUUCAUAACGCCGACUAAAGUAAUGUAGAUAUGCAAAAGAAAUUAGAUUGACUAGGCUUUUAUCGGCAGCUAGUCCCCUAACAAGAUUUUUUGCAAUGUAUGUAUAAUUGUAACAAAAUAAAACUGGCUUCUUUCGUGAGUAGUCAAUGUGUAAGCUUUCGAAGUGGCACGGUUGAAUUCAGUCGGCCACUUUUUUCGAGAAUCGUGACUUGGGGUGAUGGUGGUGUGAGGGGGAGUUGGGUGGUGAGGGUUUAAUAACGCAGACAAAAUUAUAUCCCACGGGACAAUGGAUGGAAAUGAACCUUUUGAGUGCACAACUGCAGCUGAUUCUGAGAAAAGCGAUUCUACAUUUUCACUUUGCAAUUGGUUCGCGAAUUCAAAGCGUAGGACUAUUAUGACUGGCACUAAAACUGUGUCGUGAGGAGCUGAAACUCGGAAUCCUAUUGGCUGGAUUAGGAGCAUCUGCAACGAAUCACUGAUGUCAACUCAAAGGAAAAUGGAAAUAACUGCAGACCUUUGGCUAUGGCACAUGAUAAUAACUGUCUCAACCUUGAAGUACCGACGUCCUCUUUCUGUGGAAGAGAUUCGUACAAACAAGGAGCGGAGAGAGGAACCUUGGCACAGGUUUCCUGACCAACACAAAAACACCAAGGACAACCAGCCAGAACAUCAAGCGCCUGACCACCCCGUGGCUCGGAGGCCCAGUAGACCAGGCAGCAGAUUCACACCUCAAAAAGCUAUGAACCAAUGAAAGAAAAAGAGCAUCAGCAUAGCUGAGUCAACACAGAUGCUCCAAAGUGACAUUUGGAUGGCUGUAAACAUUUUUUCUUGCUGAAGUAGACAAUGCCUCAAAGAGUUUUGAUAGAGGGAUGCUGUUCACUCAUGGACGAUGUGCCUGACAGGUGGUGGCUUACAGAUGUGCUGAGCUAGAGGAGAAUCUACUUGAAUCAAACGUCAUAUUCAUAUAUGCUUUGAGACACUAAACAUGUUCUUGAUGUCUUUUCGGAAAGAAUGUGCUCUAAAGUCAAGGGUCUGUGUAUGUGUGUAUGUGUGAGUAUGCUUGAUUGUUCUCGCAGGUUAAGAGCAAGAAUAUGUCAUAUGUUGCAUAUCAUCUGCUAUACCAAAACAAAUUACUGCAUGCUCCACAUAAGGCAUGCAGAUGGAAAUAACAUCAAAAAAAUAAAUAGACAUUUUCACUCUUGGUUAACCAAUGUCUCAAAACAGCUUUAGAUCUAAUCAUAUAGUAACAUGGGAACAAUAACAGCAUAAAUUAAAAAUAAUGUCUUUUGCUUAACAGGUGUGGUUAGCAUUGUUAAAUCUAUAUUUUUUUAAGGUGUCAUAUGUUUUAUAUGGAAAUAAAUAAGUUUAACUGCUGACAGGUUAUUUUAAAAAAUUAUUUUUACUAAAUAAUUUUAUUCUUUCUCAUGGAUUAUUUUGCCUUGUUGGAGCAGCACCCGUAAGAGCAGAUAAACUGUGGAAUUGUGGUUGUUACAGCGAACACCUCAGACCCUCACUCCUCAGUGAAGGGUUGACACAGGCCAAAAGCUGCAGCCUCCCGACUUUGUCUUUCUUUCUUUUUCCUUUUAUAAUUGCGAUUGCUUGCAUAAGUUCGAAAUAACCUUUGUAUCAGAAAAUGCUGUUAUCACCCAUCGUAUAAAACAUCUACCUCAAUGCUGUGAUUGUUUCUCACCAGAAGCUUGGCCCUGUAAGAAUGGUGACUGUGGUCCAUGUUUAGUCCAGGGUGAUGUGUACCCUGCCGUCGAGUCGGGUGAAGCUAUGAGUUGUGGUCCUUGAAAUAGCUUGACCUGAUUGUCAUUGUUCUUCUACAUCCUUGAGGUCUUUUGUGUGUGUGUGUGUGUGUGUGUGUGUGUGUGUGUGUGUGUGUGUGUGUGUGUGUGUGUGUGUGUGUUGCGCGCAUGCACGCGUGUGUUUGCAUGUCAGUCUGCUCAGGCCCACUUUAGUGCCUUCAUGGCACGUCAUUUUGUCAAGUUAUGCAGUCUUCAAUACAAACAGCUACAAAUAAUGGUACCUGACCUUAAUCAACAGGUAAUCCAUUGUUUAACAGUUUAGUGGCACCAGCCACUAUGUUUAGGAAAACCCACAUCUGUAUUCACUUAUAAGCCUAUUGUUCAGAAAUCACAAAGACAGCAAACAGUUCUUUCCUUUCCUAUGCACAUCAGUGUCCAUAAGUUACCUUCAGUAUCUGUUAAUAGAUUGCACCACCUUAUUACAUUAAUAAACAAGACUGAGUAUGAGAGCACCAUCACAGAAAGACAUGCAUUUCUCUUACUUACACUUCAAGGUCUGCCUGGUGGAAGCAGGACACAAUCGUUAUGUUCUUCUUAUGUUACUUUUCCCAUUUUCUUUUCAUUUUUCCACUAUUUUUGAUAAAUAAAUAUUUAUACAUCA